GUGACUCCCCCUCCCACUUCCUGUAAACAAAGCAAACGUCAGUGCUGUUUUCGCUCGCCCUGUGUUUGUGCUGUGUUCAGAGAAGGAACUUCGGUUCUGGACGAUGGCUCAAUCCGGUUUGGUUCUGGACAAGGACCAGUUCAACUGCUCGAUAUGUCUGGACGUGCUGAAGGAGCCUGUGACCAUUCCCUGCGGACACAGCUACUGCUUGGUCUGCAUCCAAAACUACUGGGACCAGGACGACUAUCUGGGGAGCUAUGUCUGCCCGCAGUGCCGUCACACCUCCAGCCCGCGGCCGGUGCUGGCCAGGAACACCAUGCUGGCCGACGUGGUGGAGAAAUUCAAGAAGAACGGUCUCCAAGAGGCCACGACGGACUCGAACCAAAGUUUCGCCGAGGCAGGCGACGUGCAGUGCGACGUGUGCACCGGGAGGAAAAACAAGGCUGUCAAGUCGUGUCUGGUGUGUUUGGCCUCGUACUGUGACGUUCACGUCCAGCCCCACUACGAGUCUGUCGCCUUCAAGAAACACAGGCUGGUGUCUGCGUCCAAGAAGCUGCAGGAGACGAUCUGUCCGCGACACGACAAGCUGCUGGAGGUUUUCUGCCGCACUGACGGUCAGUGCAUCUGUUACCUGUGUCUGACAGACGAACAUAAAGGACACGACACGGUGCUGGCUGAGCAGGAGAUACAGUACAAGCAGACGCAGCUCAGUGACAUGAAGAAAAACUCCCUGCUGCAGAUUCAGCUCAGAGAAAAGGAUGCUCAGGAGCUGAGACAUGCCAUUUUCUCUCUCACUCGCUACGCUCGGACGGUAGCCGAUGAAAGCGACGCCGUCUUCACGGAACAGAUUCGGUCAAUGGAGCUGAAGCGCUUUGAAGUGAGAGAGCUGAUCAAAGCCCAGGAGAAGAUGGCCGUCAGCCAGGCUGAGCAGCUGCUGGGCAAGAUCCAGAGGGAGAUAGCGGAGCUGAAGAAGAGCGAGGCUGAACUGGACAAAUUGUCCCAGGCUGAGGACCACAUCCAUUUCCUUCAGGGCUGUCAGUCUCUCCAUGCUCCACCUGUGCUGUCAGCUUUGCCUCCAGUCACCGUUGACCCCAACCUGACCUUUGGCCCAGUGAUAACGGCUGUGUCAGAUUUUAAAGGAUUAUUGCAAGAUGUCUGCCAGGAAGGAUUGGUCAGCAUCUAUGAAAGAGUGAAGGACGUAGUGAUCGUAGGUUCUCCUCAUCAUGUGACACAAGGAGACACUACGCAGUCUGGGGAUAUUAGUUCAGUCGCUGAAACAGAAGCAGCACCAGUGAUUCCUUCUCCUGGACUAGACUCCGCUCCAGUUAAUCCUCUCAACCCAUUCCUCCCACCAGGACCUGUCGCUCCCAUGUUUUCCUUCACACCUUUUGCAGACGGAGGGAAGGCAGGCUUUGACCAAAGCCGUGGGCAUAGGAUCAAGAGAGCAUGUGGAGGCCUUCGCCUUGGAGACGCUGCUGGUGGACAGACUCAACCUUACACUGACGUGUUUCUGUCGCUUCAGGACGCUGUAACUAAACGUUUUCACUUGUGUCUGUUCAGGAGCCAAACUGUGUACGGGAUCGAGGUCGAGGCAAGUUCAGCGACGCUGUCACUCCAGGAGGAAAUAGACUUCUACUCCACGCCCAUCUUUGUCUCCUUGCAGUUUGUGUUGCGUUGGCGUGCGACAGAGAUGGCAGCGGCAACUAUUUCUGUCGAGCAGGACCAGUUCUGUUGCUCGGUGUGCCUGGAGAUUUUGAGGGACCCGGUGACGAUUCCCUGCGGACACAGUUACUGCCUGGACUGCAUCGAGGAUUACUGGAACACAGCUAAGCAGAAGAACCACUACAGCUGCCCUCAGUGCAGGCAGGUGUUCAACCCGCGACCUCUGCUGAGUAGAAACACAGUCCUGGGUGAAGUGGUGGAAAAGUUUCAGCAGAGUGAAUCCUCUCUAGUCGCAGCCCAGCCCUCACUGGCCAAACCGGAGGAGGACGACGUGAAGUGCGGUGUUUGCAAAGGGAGGAAGAGCAGAGCGGUGAAGUCCUGCCUGGUGUGUGUGGAGUCUUUCUGCGCGGCUCACCUGAGAGUGCACGAGGAACGCUUCCGCGGGAAGACGCACAGACUGAUCCCAGCGUCGGGUCGGCUGAGGGAGAAGUUGUGUCCGCACCAUGACAAACUCAUGCGGCUGUUCUGUCGCACGGACCAGCACAGUGUUUGCUCUCAGUGUGUCCGAGAGAGACACAAGGGCCAUGACGCAGUCUCUGCGGCACACGAGAGAACGACGCAACAGAAAAAACUCCAAGAGUCCUCUUUGAAGUCUGUCCUGAAAUUGAAGGAGACGGAGAAGGAGCUGAGGUACAUAAUCAGAUACAUUAAGCACGCCACAGAGGCGGCGGUGGAGGAGAGCGAGAGGAUUUUCUCCAGGCUCAUCCGCUCCUUAGAGAAGCAGAGCAGCGAGGUGACGGAGCUGAUCCGGGUCCAGGAGAGAGCAGCUGUCAGUCAGACCGAGGAGCGGCUGGAGAAGGUGCAGAGGGAGAUGGUGGAGCUGAGGAGGACCGAGACCGAGCUGGAGAAGCUCUGUCACAAUGACGAUCACAUCCACUUCCUCCAGAAGUGCAAGUCUUUGCAUUUCCCCACAAAGACGGUGGAGAUGCCCAGUGUGGACACACUUCCAUAUUUAAUGUACAAAACCAUGAGGGAAGGCCUGGCUGACGUGAAGGACAGUGUGGAUGAAAUAUUCCAAAAAGAAUUCAACAGAGUCUCCGAAAAAGUGAUUUCACUGAAGGAGAGCAGCAAUCAUGGCUCCUCUGAAAAGACCAAAGCAGUUAAAAGUGUGGACAUCCCAUACAACACGGAACCAAAGACCAGAGGCGACUUCUUACAGUAUUACAACGACAUAACCUUUGACCCGAACACAGCCAAUCCUUAUUUGUGCUUCUCCGACGGCCUGAGGGGCGUGACCACACGCUCAGAGCCACAGCCCUACCCCGAGCACCCGGACCGCUUCACCAGCUGGGCCCAGGUGCUGUGCAGAGCCGGCAUGGCCGGACGCUGUUACUGGGAGGUAGAGUGGACAGGAAACGGAGGGGCUUCCAUGGGCGUCUGCUACAAAAACAUGAGCAGGAGUGGAGGAGGCAGCGACAGCAAACUGGGGCACAACUCCAAAUCCUGGAGCCUGGACUGUUCCAACUCGCUCUCUUCAUUUCAGCACAACAAGGAGAGUGUGGGCAUCCCAGGUCCCAGCUACAGCAGGGUAGGAGUGUACCUGGACUUUAGAGGUGGAACUUUAACCUUCUAUGGCGUCUCUGACACCAUGGUGUUACUUCAUAAAGUCAAAACUACGUUCACACAGCCUUUAUACCCGGGGUUUUGGAUUGGAUUAAGUUCAAGUUUGAAGCUCAUUUCUCAUUAAACUUUGUCAAAAGCAUUUUACAGUAAACCUAACCUUGUAAAUAAGACAUUUCACUCAGAGUAAUGAAACUGAAAGAUAUGCGUGUGCUCAAAUCUUUGAUUUAUUAAACCUGGAAGUGAGGAGCAGAACUGUGGGGCUUAGAUCUUGUUGAAGGCAGCUACAUCUACACUCUGGACCUGCAGAGGAAAGAAAAACUAAGUCAACAUGUGCAUGUGAAAUUAUGCUAAUAUGAUGUAAUUUAUCAAACUGUUAUUUAAAAAUCAAAUAAAGGCUUUUAAUGUCAAA